CUGAUAGUGCAUCCAUAGAGUGCAUCAAGUGCAUUCAGGAAGCGGCGAACCGCUGCAAGCGUGCUCGUUUUGUUGUCGAAAUUUCGUAAUUUUAAAGUGCCCAUACAUAGAUCAAAAUGUGGAAAAACGUUCAACAAUUUCGGUGGUUUUCCAGCAAAAGUAGCAAUUUUUCAUUUGUUACGACACCCAUUUUCUAUGUGAAUGCAGCUCCGCACAUUGGCCACCUGUACUCGGCGGUCAUCACGGAUGCCAUCCACCGGUUCAAUAAUCUCGUCCACCCCGCGGCACAGAACUCAUCAAUUUUCAGCACCGGAACCGACGAACACGGAACUAAAAUCCAACAAGCGGCCGCUAGUCAUUCCGUCCCCGUGGACACCUACUGCCACCAAAUCUCCGAACAGUAUCGCACCUUGUUCCAUAAGUUCAACAUAUCCCACACACGAUACAUCCGUACGACCGACCCGGAUCACACGCAAGCCGUCCAAUGCUUCUGGAAAGCGCUGGAACGCUCGGGAAGCAUCUAUUCGGCCCAGUACGCCGGGUGGUAUUGCAUCCCGGAUGAAACCUUCCUGACGGACAGUCAGCUCAAGGAAAACGACCGGGGCGUCAAGGUUUCGGCAGAGUCCGGCCACCCGGUCGAAUGGACCGAAGAGAACAACUUCAUGUUUCGUUUGGACAAAUACCAGGACGAUGUCCUGUACUGGAUCAAAGGCUGUGAGGAUCGGAUAGUACCGAUCAAAUUCCGAAAAAUUCUGCUUGAUUUUCUCCAGGAGAAACUGCCGGACAUCUCCAUUUCGCGACCCAAAUCGCGGGUAUCUUGGGGAAUCGACGUCCCGUCAGACCCCACGCAAACCGUGUACGUGUGGUUGGACGCCCUGGUAAACUAUCUGACGGUCAGUGGCUACCCGCAGGCGGGAUUCGCUCAGAAGUGGCCGCCAACGGUGCAGGUGCUCGGAAAGGAUAUCCUCAAGUUCCAUGGCAUCUAUUGGCCAGCGUUCCUGAUCGCGGCAGGUUUGGAACCACCGCGGCAGCUGCUGGUACACUCCCACUGGACCGUGAACGGGGAGAAAAUGUCCAAGAGUAAGGGAAACGUCGUGGAUCCGAAUGAACGGGCUUCGCUGUACACCCACGAGGGCAUCCGGUACUUUCUGCUGAGGGAAGGUGUAGCCCACAGUGAUGGAAAUUACAGUGACACCAAGAUCAUGCGAAUCCUGAACGCUGAACUGGCGGACACGCUGGGGAAUCUCCUUUCAAGAUGCUGUGGGAAGGUUCUCAAUCCCGAAGCCGUUGUACCCGUCGUUCAACCAGACAUGUUCAGUGCAUUGAACACGAUGGACGUGACAAAGAAUAUGCUUGGACUUUUAAAAGAUUUACCCGAAAAAUGCAUGUCACACUACCGGCAGUACAAUUUCUACCUGGUGGUGGACAGCGUGAUCCAAGUUCUGCACGCCACCAAUAACUUCUUCGAAACGACCGCACCGUGGAAGCUGAAGAAAAGUCCCGAAGAGAAGCAACGAUUGCAAGCCAUCUUGGGUAUCACGAUGGAAGUUCUUCGCCAAGCAGGAAUCAUUCUGCAGCCGAUUGUUCCCGGAAUGAGCGAGAAGUUGCUCGAUAAGCUAAGUGUCGAUCGAAGUAGGCGGCAGUGGCGCGAUCUAACGACGGUGCAAUUUGCCGAAGUGGAACGACCGUUGGCCGAUAUGGAUGCCGUGCUGUUCAGGAGGAUAGUGCCGCCGAAAGAGGAGGCGGUGAAAGAGCCCAAGGCGAAGAAAGUGAAAAGGAAAAAUUGAAGGAUUUACGCAAUAGAGAUAUUUUGUUGAGCGAA